AUGGAAAAGCAAACAGGAUUACUGUUAUCACACCUUCUCCUGAAAAACAGCGUCUUUGAGGUCACCUUAAAUUGUAGUCAUCUGGUAUGGAAAGAUUUGGCGACAAAGAAAAAACAGACCUCGAACAGCAUACAUCAUACUUUCAAAGACGGUUCAUUUAAGUGUAUACCUGUGUCGGAAAUAAUAGCUGUUCAAGAAACUGAGGUGGACGCUGGGUCUAAAGAUGAUGGAAAAUGGCAGAAAAUGUCCCUCAAAGCAAAUGAGUCAUACCCAUUCGGCUUCACAGUGUCCUAUGUGGAGAGAGCAAGUCGACACUGCUGGCGGUGUGCUGAUGUCACCUUCCACUGUCCAAAUGGGACGCUGUGUCUGCAGUGGGUCCAAACCAUCCAGGAGCGACUGGCACUACUGACCAACAGGCCAAAGAGCUUGUUAGUGUACAUUAACCCUUAUGGAGGUAAACGGCAAGGCAAGAGGAUUUAUGAAAAGAGGGUUGCCCCGCUCUUCUCCCGUGCCUCCAUCUCCACCCACGUGAUUGUCACAGAGUAUGCCAAUCAUGCAAGGGACCACCUGAGAACCACUGCUGACCUUGAUAAAUACGAUGGUGUGGUGUGUGUGGGCGGUGAUGGUAUGUUCAGUGAGAUCGUACAUGGCCUGAUGGCAAGGACCCAGAUGGAAUUUGGAGUGGAUCCAAACUUCCCCAAUGCAAAACUGAUGCCCUGUCAACUUCGGAUCGGAGUCAUUCCCGCAGGUUCGACAGACUGUAUUUGUUAUGCUACUAUGGGCACAAAUGAUCCUGUGACUUCUUCUUUGCACAUUAUUAUUGGGGACUCUCAGCCAAUGGAUAUUUGUACAGUUCACCACAACAACACAUUCCUGAGGUAUUCUGUGUCACUGCUGGGAUAUGGUUUCUAUGGUGACGUGCUGACAGACAGUGAGCGGAAGCGGUGGAUGGGACCAGCCAGAUAUGAUAUUUCAGGUUUCAAGACAUUCUUGACACAUCACCACUAUGAGGGGACAGUGUCUUUCUUGCCAGCUACUAACAUUUUGGGAACACCAAGGGACAAGACCAGAUGCACAGCAGGCUGCUACAUCUGUCAGCAUAACAGUCAGAUACACUCUGUGAAAAAGCUGGAGAACAAGGAAGAUGAGGAUAUCUCAGAUAGUGGUGAAUGGAAGGUGAUCCGGGGAAAGUUCCUGGCUAUCAAUGCUGCCAACAUGAGUUGUGCGUGUCCCCGUAGCCCAAAGGGUUUGUCCCCUGCCGCCCAUCUCGCCGAUGGCACCGCCGACCUCAUACUUGUGCGCAAGUGCUCCCGUUUUAACUUUCUCCGACACCUCCUGCGACACGCCAACAAAGACGACCAGUUUGACCUCACGUUUGUGGAGGUGCACCGGGUGAAGCAAUUCCGCUUCACGCCGCGCCACUGUGAGGGAGACUCGGAACUGAAUCUGACCGAGAGCGGAAAGAGACUUUUCAGCCACAUCUGCAAAGAUCACCCUGCAUGUGGCUGCAGCCCAGCCUACAGCAACUGGAACUGUGACGGCGAGAUCCUGCCUCAUGCCGCCAUCGAUGUUAGAGUGCACUGCCAGCUUAUUAAACUGUUUGCAAGGGGAAUUGAGGAGCAACCUAUAUUUGAGUCUUUCCAUACGUCUGCAGUAUAG